AUGGCAGCCUUCCUCUCUGCCAACCUGGGGGUACUUGCAGCCUCGGAGACCUACCACCUGCCCAUGACCAGCUCCAGCUGGGAGCCCCGGCUGGUUUCUCCAUUCCCAUCAGGCCUGCCGACUGGCUCUACGGGGGCGCACGUCAUGGGCGAGCCCACUGGACAGGGCCCCAAGAACCCGCAUGUGUCCAGUGUGACGGUGCAGCUGGAGAUGAAGGCUCUGUGGGAGGAAUUCAACCAGCUGGGCACAGAGAUGAUCGUCACCAAGGCAGGCAGGAGGAUGUUCCCCACCUUCCAGGUGAAGAUCCUGGGCAUGGACUCGCUGGCUGACUACGCCCUGCUCAUGGACUUCAUGCCCCUGGAUGACAAGAGAUACAGGUACGCCUUCCACAGCUCAGCCUGGCUGGUGGCCGGCAAGGCGGACCCGGCCACGCCCGGCCGAGUGCACUUCCAUCCCGACUCGCCAGCCAAGGGCGCCCAGUGGAUGCGCCAGAUCGUGUCCUUCGACAAGCUCAAGCUGACCAACAACAUGCUGGAUGACAAUGGCCACAUCAUUCUCAACUCCAUGCACCGCUACCAGCCCCGCUUCCACGUGGUCUUCGUGGACCCACGCAAAGACAGUGAGCGCUAUGCCCAGGAGAACUUCAAGUCCUUCAUCUUCACGGAGACCCAGUUCACGGCCGUGACGGCGUAUCAGAACCACCGGAUCACCCAGCUGAAAAUCGCCAGCAACCCUUUUGCCAAGGGCUUUAGAGAGAGUGACCCAGACUCCUGGACUGUAUCUCCACGGCCCCUGCUCAGCAUCCCGGCUGGGAGUCGAAGCAGCCUCAGCCCCUGUCUGCUGAAGGGCUCUGCAGAGCAGGGCAAAGACCCCAACAAAGCUCCAGCUUCCACCUCCAGGACCCCUGCCCGGCUCCACCAUCAGCUGCUGGCCACCCCUGAGGCUCUGCUGGCCCCGGCCACCUACCGGGUCCUCACCUAUCAGGACCUGUACCCCGGAGCAUCAAGCCCUCUCGGAAUCGCAAGGGCCCGACCGACACCAUAUCCCCUCCCCAAUAUCCAGGCUGAUAGGAAUAAUGGGGGCCUGCCCCACCAAGCUGGGCUGGGGCGCUUGUCCCCCACUGCUGUGUCCCUGAGGCCUCGCCAGGACCCUCAGUGAUGGUGGGUGGCCUGUGGACAGAGUCCUCUUACCCUGGAGC